AUGUCGUACGACAGUGCAAUGUCGUAUUUGAUUACCAAGCUAGGGCCAGACAUCAGGUCAGCGAUAUGCACAAAGUUAUUGCAAGAGUGGUCAUUUGAAGGCUGCGUUUCUAAGACAACGGAUGACCCUGAAGACCGGUCAUUUGAAGUCCAUGUGCCUCAAUAA